CGGAGCUGUCCAAGUGCUGAAAACAGAAGACGCUCAGCACCGCUCCUGAGGAGAUGCCCUACACCCUGACUACUGUCUGAGCUCCACUACCAAAGGUAACAAAUUGCCUAUAAUGCUGCAUUUCCACCACAAGUUGCCGGCGGCCGGAGUGGCGGCGCUGCUCGCCUUGCUGCUGCAUGGCAGCGCCGCGCAGGCUGCGUCUCUCCCGCACCACUACAGGCUGCGAGGAGAGGCUGCUGGGCACCAGCCCUCCGCCUACCAGCCCAGCUCCGACAUGAUCAAAGCCCUGGAGUACAUCGAGAACCUCAAACAGCGAAACGGGGCUCGACCCGAACCCGUGGAUUACGACGAGGUGGAAAAAUUCAGGGUUCUGCUUCAGCUCGCCUCGCAGAACCAGCAGCAGCAGCAGCAGCAGCAGCAGGAGGAUGCAGGACAGCCGGCCCCCGACGCCAUGCCGAGGCCGGACAUCACCGCCGAGCAGCUCAUGAGAGCCAUGCUCACAUCUCUGCAGGACCAGGGGGGCAAUAAGGACCGCAGCAGAGCCGACCGGCACCGCACCAAAGACACGGAGAUGCCCGACACCCCGCCGGGAGGAGACUACGGUAACUUCCCCAGACCCCACAAGAAGUACCCGCUGAUGUUUGAAGAUGAAGAGAACACAGACGCGUCCAAGCGGGCAACGGAGGACCUGGACGAGCAGUACACCCCGCAGAGCCUCGCCAAUCUCAGAUCCAUCUUUGAGGAGCUCGGGAGGAUGCCAUCGGUCAUGGACCAGAAAAGAGACAUGAUAGGGGAGGAAGAUGGGGAUGAGGAUGGGUUCAGUCCCAGGAACCUGCAGGCUUACGAGGACGUGGCCGGAGGAGAGGAGUGGGUCCCCGUGGAGGAGAGGGAAGAGACGGAGGAGAUGGUGAACAGAAGCCACGAGGAGGAGGAUGCUGAGCGAGAGGAGAUGCAACGCCGAGCCAAUAACCAAGAGGAUGCUGACGGUGACGACACCAAACUUGUCGAUUACUACCUGCUGAAGGUGCUGGAGAUGAGCGACCAGACGCAGAAGAGGGAGCAGACAGGUGAGCAGAAAAAGAGGCUGAUCCGCCCCUCCAUCGUGGAUCCCCGGACGGUGAAAGGGUUGCUGGAGCUUUCCCUCAAACUGCACGUCCCCCCGCAGGAGCUGAUCGACCUGCUGCUCACGGAGGAGCUGAGGAAGCUGCACCGCAGCAGCAGCGGCUCUCAGACCCCCGCACGCACCGCACAAACCCCCAAGAUCAGGUACUUCAGCCGGAGACUGCCGCUCAAGAGCAGGCCCGCCCCGGAGGACAUGGACAGGGAGGACUUUUUAGACAUCAUCGGGGUGGAGACUAUCAGCAACGAGUAUCCCGUGCAGGUGCAGAGACCCUCCAAGACCUCCCCGUCCUCAGACAGAAUCACAGUCCAAUCCAGUCCUGUUGCAAAAGCAGGGCCGGUCAGAGUCCCCUCUUCCUCCGGACGCAGGCAGAACUUAUUCCUGUCUGAGCUCAACAAGAUGCCUCUGAAGCGUCAGGCCGACGGCGCUUCCAGGGACGAUGACGACGAUGAUGGAGACGUGGAAGAUGAGGUGACCACCUACCUGGCAGCUAAAAUCCUCACAGAGUAUCCCAACACCAUCGCCAAGAGGGACACGCAGGCGCAGCUGAAGGGCCAGUUCCCCUACGAGCUGUACGAGCGCGCCGUGAAGGACUACAUGCAGCAGGAGGAGGGCGAGCGGCGGCCGCUGGCCCGCAGGGACGCAGAGGUCGCCCCCGAGGAGGAGGAGAAAGUCAUGCCUACAGAGAUGCAGAACAAAGAGGAGAUGACAGCCAAGACCUCGCCUCCACAAACGGUCAAUGAGGAAGAGAAGGAGCACCGCAACGAAAAAACCUUGGCCGGGAUGUAGACUGAAGGCUGAUUUAUGGUUCCGCCAUAAUUCAGGCUUGACCCCUGUUACAACCAAAAAUGUAAUAACGGCCAAUAACGUAAUAACUGCCAAUAAUGUAAUAAUUUUGGCCAUUUCAAUUGUAAUAAAGCCAAUAGUGUUAAUGUGCCAUUAAUGUUAUAAAACUUUUGAGUCAAUAACGUAAUAACUUUUUGCCGAUAAUGUAAUAAGGCAUUAGGCUACAUUAUGAAAGUUUUUUUUUUAAUACCAGGCCAAUAAGUAAUAACCAGCCAAUAAUGUAAUGCCUUAUUACAUUAUCGGCAAAAAGUUAUUACGUUAUUGGCUCAAAAGAUUUAUUACAUUAUUGGCACAUUAUUACACUAUUGGCUUUAUUACAUUUGAAAUGGCCAAAAUUAUUACAUUAUUGGCCGUUAUUACGUUUUUGGUUGUAACAACCCCCCACGGCAGUAACGCAUUAUUAUGAAUAUAGUAUUUAAAAGUGUCUCAAAAUAUAUUUUGGUGGACGUGGUCUAGUUUACAAACUUCUAUCAUAUGAACUAUAGCUGGUAAUAAUAUCACCCUAACGAGAAUGAACUAUAGCAAUCCUAGAAACUAAAUAGAACUUUAACAGUCCCUAUACUUGCUGCAAGAACAUUACCGAGAUAUUCAAACGACACUACAUGAGAUUAAAGGUAUACACCCAGUGAGGCAAAAUGUAAUCGCUUAACACUGUCUUAAGUGGAUGUGUGCUCUCAGUUAGCCCAAUACAUAAUUAUGUUACAAAUAAAUCUGACCGGUUAAAUUUGUGUCACUUCAAGUUUGUUUCUAUUAAAUUAAAUUUGUAAACAGCCCAGUAUUUUAAAGCAUAAUUGAAUGAGUAAAGUCUAUUUUUCAUCCAUGUCAAACUAUUCAAAUAUAUGUGAAUAUACAUGUAAAUUCUUUAGUGUAUUGAGGAAUGGGCUUUUGAAAUCUCAAAGUGUAACCACAGGAGAGCUGUAGGUAAUGUAGUGAUUUUUCGUUAGGGGAAUGUGUUGGGCUGAGAACGAGUGUUGUUGUGACUCGUGAUAUGUUCAGGAUUAGUGGAUUUAAUGUUAUUGUAUGAAUAAUUAUUUCCAAGUCUAAUUAUCAGACCGUCGCCUGCCUUCUAACCCUUUCAUACUGCAAAGCUCUGUAUUGUUGGCCUAAAAGUGGUUGUGCUAUAUAUGCUCAUUUUUAAAUCAUUUUGUACAUGUUCAACAAUGUGUAAUUGAUGACAGAUAAAUAAAGCAU